GAUAGAGCAUUGAAACUAGGGGCCAAUGGGAAUGCAGCAUCCACUCCCAAAGCUCUGUAAUUUAGAGAUCAGUAGGGUUGUGCGCUGCCACAUUGAAGGCGGACAGCUUCGUCGAGGGACUUGAAUGCGAACUCUGAGGGAUCAUGCGCUCUGUCUUUCUCCAGCUUGAUGUCUUAACACUAAACUCAUCAUCUUAACAUCUAAAGCAGCUUCAUUUCUGGACUGGUUUUUGAUUUAGAUAAGGUAUUAGUCGACCUGCACGAUGAAUGGGCCUACUUUUGAGAGGAAAGUUGCGGGCCAAUCGUCCGAUCUCCUCGGUGCAGUGAAUUAUCACCCGUCCACAAAAGACUCGCCGACGCUCCCGGAGUCCUCUGCCACGGACAUGGGCUACUACAGCAGCCACACGACGCACAGCCAUCACGAGUACUAUCCUGGACAGUCCUACUCGCAACCAAUGAACCCUUACACAUAUCACCACUAUAAUCUAAACGGAAUGGGAGCGUCAGGAGUUUACUCUGCCAAGUCGGACUAUCCUUACCCUCAAAUAUAUAGCAGGCAAUACGAGCAUUAUGACCGGGACGCACAUUCACCUUCCCAAGAUAUCGUGAAAGAAGAACCUGAUCCAGAGGUACGAAUGGUCAACGGAAAGCCCAAGAAAAUCCGUAAACCUCGCACCAUAUACUCAAGUUACCAACUCACAGCGUUGCAACGUCGUUUCCAGAACGCACAGUAUCUGGCACUCCCAGAGCGAGCUGAGCUCGCGGCCCAACUCGGCCUCACACAGACACAGGUUAAAAUUUGGUUUCAAAACAGACGGUCCAAAUUUAAGAAGCUGUUCAAAAACGGGGACAUUCCUCUAGACCACAGCCCAAACGCCAGCGACUCCAUGGCCUGCAAUUCGCCAGCAUCGCCUGCUGUCUGGGAUGGUAACAGUGACGCAAUAACCAACCGAGCCACUAGGGGGCCAGUUCUCCAGCCAUCCCUCAGCUCUUCUCUGCCUUACAUGGAGGACCACACUCACCAUAACUGGUAUCAACAAGGUUUACAUUUGCCCCAGGCUGGGCAUGUGCACCAUUCACCACGGCCGCCACAUCAGCAUAUUGGUGCAGUAUACUGAAAGAAAAAAGGAUUGUCAUUCUUGUCUUUGGAUCCAAGUACUCUGAUGUUGCAUUGGCUACACAA